GGCUGAACGCGGAACUUAUGUUAACCUUAAUUACGCGGUACUUAAGUCGUUUAUCCUCGAUCUGUUUCUUUCUUUUCCAUACUACCCGUUAUCUUAUUCCUAGAAGACACUGAACUUGCUAUUUCUGAAGCUCUAAUGUUAGGUCCUCUCGUUACACUGAAUUGCGGCCUUAAAUGCCCUCAGCUUGGUUUUGGAACCUACACAACGCGAUUGGGCCAAUGCCGUGACUCUGUAUAUGCCGCUUUACAAGCUGGAUACCGUCAUAUUGAUUCUGCGCAAAUGUACCAUAACGAGCGCCAAUGUGGAGAAGCUAUUCAGCAGUUUAUGCAGGACACUUCAACGAAACGUGAAGAAAUCUGGUUUACGACGAAAUUGCAGGAUCUCUCCGGUUACGAGCACACGCGUCGCGCAAUCGAUGGUAGUUUGAAGGAAUGUGGUUUAGGCUAUAUUGAUCUUUUCUUGCUUCACUCUCCCUACGGUGACCGUUUGGGCUGUUGGAAGGCAAUGGAAGAAGCUGUUCAAGAAGGAAAGAUUCGUGCUAUCGGUGUGUCGAACUUCGGUCCUCAUCACAUUCAACAGCUCCUUGAUUCCCAGCCCCAAAUUGUUCCGGCUGUUAAUCAAAUUGAAUUGCAUCCUUUUUGCUCUCAACAAAAAGUCGUUGAGUACUGUCAGCAACACAACAUUGUGCUCGCGGCUUAUGCUCCUUUGGCACAUGGCGAGAAGUUUGGAAGCCGUAAACUGCUAGCUAUUGCUCAUAAGUACAACAAGAAUGAGGCUCAGAUUAUGAUCCGCUUCUUGUUGCAGAAGGGAUUCAUUCCUUUGCCAAAGAGCACCACACCGUCCCGUAUCAAGUCGAAUGGUGAAGUGUUUGACUUUGAACUAACCAAGGAAGAUAUGCAGACAUUGCAAAACCUUGACGAGGAUUACCACUCCGACUGGAACCCUACAAUUUCUCCUCUCUAGGCAGACUAUAACGAUUAUGAACUUUACUUCUUUUAAUGAAUGAAUGAAUGAAUUACUCUUUCCGUA